CCUUUGUGGAGGUGUUUGGUUACAAGUUCAGAAGUGUGCCGUUCGGUUGAAGAGUGCGAGAACCUCACCCCUCCAAAUUGCAGCCACAGAAAGCAGGAAAUCAAUUUUCCUCACGAGCCUGCUCGUCUAACAAGAGCCACAGAUGUUGGUGGUAAAAGGGGUCAGAUUGAAGUGGCUGCCACUUUAACCAUGGAAGACACGUUGGAUGCUAACACUGUAACAUCUGAGAAGGAACUGCUUGUCCUGGAAAACGAUCAGUUCACCUCUGUCACAUCUACACUGUCUCAAACGAUUUGCUUCCCCACAUCGACCAUCUUAUUUUCUGCGUUGCUGCUCUUCUUCGUUUUUAUUACAUCCACGGUU